AGUUGUAAAUAAUCUUCUCUUACUCUCAAGCCAACCACCAGCUAUGGACAUACAAAUCUCCCUCUAACUAAAACCAAGAGGAUAUUUUUGUUGGGAUACAAACAUAUACAAUUUGCAGUUACUGACUCUGUGACAGAAAUACAAGUACAUCAUGUCAGUUACCCUACGCAGUAUUAAGAAGCUUGGGGAAGACAAUAAAUCAUUUGACUCAGAUGAAUCAGAUACUCUGAAGAAAAAUGAUACCUAUGGAAAUGGGAACGCUUCAUCAAAAAAAGAAAAAAAAACAAAGGACAAGGAAAGUGAUGGAAUGCGAGUUGGCUUCUUUCAGCUGUUUAGAUUUUCUUCCUGCUCGGAAAAGGUGAUGAUGGUUUUUGGAGGACUUUGUGCAGUAAUUCAUGGAGCAGCUCAGCCUUGCAUGCUGCUUGUCUUUGGUGUGAUGAUAGACACAUUUAUAAUGUAUGAUGUAGAAUUACAAGAACUUAGAAAUCCCAACAAGACAUGCACAAACAACACAAUUGUGUGGAUUGAUGGAACAUUUCAAGAAGAAAAUGAGACUUUAAGUUGUGGAAUGUUGGAUAUUGAAAAGGAAAUGACAAGAUUUGCAAGUUAUUAUGCAGGAAUUGGAUGCUCAGUCCUAAUUCUUGGAUACGUUCAAAUUUGUUUUUGGGUGACUGCCGCAGCUCGUCAGAUUCAGAGAAUACGAAAGAUGUACUUUAGAAAAGUGAUGAGGAUGGAAAUAGGGUGGUUUGACUGCACUUCAGUAGGUGAACUGAAUACCCGUAUGUCUGAUGAUAUAAAUAAAAUUAAUGAUGCUAUUGCUGAUCAAGUGGGAAUCUUUAUUCAGAGAUUUACGACAUUCCUGUUUGGCUUCCUGUUAGGAUUUGUCAAUGGCUGGAAAUUAACCUUGGUCAUUAUUGCAGUAAGCCCUCUGAUUGGUAUUGGAGCUGCUCUAAUGGCGCUGGCUGUAGCAAAACUUACUGGCAGAGAGUUGCGAGCUUAUGCCAAAGCUGGUGCUGUUGCUGAUGAAGUACUUUCGGGUAUCAGGACAGUGGCUGCUUUUGGAGGAGAGCUCAAAGAAGUUGAAAGAUAUGACAAAAACCUGGUGUAUGCCCAGCGCUGGGGAAUAAGGAAAGGAGUGAUUAUGGGAUUCUUUACUGGAUAUAUGUGGUUUAUUAUAUUUCUUUGCUACGCUCUGGCCUUCUGGUAUGGUUCAAAGUUGGUCCUUGAGGAAGAGGAAUACUCUCCUGGAAACCUUUUGCAGGUAUUUUUUGGAGUAUUGGUCGGUGCUUUAAAUCUUGGUCAGGCAUCUCCUUGCUUACAGGCCUUCGCUUCCGGUCGUGGAGCAGCAACUAAUAUAUUUGAGACCAUUGAUAAAGAGCCAACAAUUGAUUGCAUGUCAGAAGAAGGAUAUAAGCUGGAUAAAGUAAAAGGAGAAAUUGAAUUUCAUAAUAUUUCUUUCCACUACCCAUCCAGACCAGAAGUAAAGAUUUUAGAAAAAUUAAACAUGAUUAUUAAAUCAGGUGAGACAACAGCCUUUGUAGGCCCAAGUGGAGCAGGAAAAAGUACUACAAUUCAGCUUAUUCAGCGAUUCUAUGAUCCUGAUGAGGGUAUGGUGACAUUAGAUGGGCAUGACGUUCGUUCCCUUAAUAUUCAGUGGUUGCGUUCUUUGAUUGGUAUUGUGGAGCAAGAGCCAGUUCUGUUUGCUACCACAAUUGCUGAGAACAUUCGGUUUGGUAAGGAAAGUGCAACAAUGGAAGACAUUGUGAAUGCUACAAAAGAAGCCAAUGCCUACAACUUUAUCAUGGAUCUACCUCAGCAAUUUGACACUCUUGUGGGAGAGGGUGGAGGUCAAAUGAGUGGAGGACAGAAGCAAAGAAUUGCCAUUGCCCGAGCUCUGGUCAGGAAUCCCAGAAUCCUCCUGCUAGAUAUGGCCACAUCUGCGCUGGAUAAUGAGAGCGAAGCCACAGUGCAAGAGGCCCUUGACAAAGUUCGUUUUGGUCGUACAACCAUCUCUAUUGCACAUCGGUUAUCAACAAUUAAAAAUGCUGAUGUCAUCAUUGGCUUUGAGCACGGAAGAGCUGUAGAGAGAGGAACACACGAUGAACUUCUAGAGAGGAAAGGAGUUUAUUUUACUUUGGUGACAUUACAAAGUCAAGGGGAUAAAGCACUCAAUGAAAAGAAAGAUACCAGUAGCAAAGAAUUUGAGGAGCCUAAACUCGAGAAAGUUCAGUCUUUUAAAAGAGGAAGCUAUCGGGCAAGUCUGCGUGCUUCUAUUCGUAUGCGAUCAAAAUCUCAGCUGUCUAAUAUUGUACCAGACAGUAGCUUGUUAAUAGUGGGGGAUACCUCAGAUGCCUAUCAUCACAGCUCAGAGUAUGAGGAGACAAAAAAAAGACCAAAGGAAGCUUUGGAUGAUGAUGAUGACCACGUAGAGCCAGCUCCAGUAGCCAGAAUAUUAAAAUACAAUGCUCCAGAAUGGCCUUAUAUGUUAUUUGGUUCAAUUGGUGCAGCAGUGAACGGUGCUGUAAAUCCCCUCUAUGCCCUGCUGUUUAGUCAGAUUCUUGGGACAUUCUCGCUGCCAAAUGAGGAAGAGCAACGGGCGCAGAUUGAUGGAAUCUGUGUGCUUUUUGUGCUUAUUGGUGCUGUAUCAUUUUUAACACAGUUUUUGCAGGGUUAUACUUUUGCAAAGUCUGGUGAACUGCUUACACGACGGCUCCGUAAGAUUGGCUUCCAUGCUAUGCUGGGUCAGGAGGUUGGAUGGUUUGAUGACCCCAAGAAUAGCCCUGGAGCACUGACCACAAGGCUUGCAACAGAUGCAUCACAAGUUCAAGGGGCCACUGGAUCACAGAUUGGAAUGAUUGUAAACUCAUUUACAAACAUCGGAGUUGCACUUAUUAUUGCUUUCUACUUCAGCUGGAAAUUGAGUCUCGUGAUAUUGUGCUUCUUACCUUUCCUGGCGCUGUCAGGUGCUCUGCAAGCGAGAAUGUUGACAGGAUUUGCUAAUCAAGAUAAGCAUGCAAUGGAAUCAGCUGGAAGGAUAUCAAGUGAAGCUCUUGGGAACAUCAGGACUAUUGCUGGAAUUGCAAAAGAAAAUAAAUUUGUGCAAAUGUAUGAAGAGCAGCUGGAAGCUCCUUACCGAUCAGCUAUCAAAAAAGCAAAUGUCUAUGGACUUUGCUUUGGUUUUGCUCAGUGCAUUGUGUUCAUUGCAAAUUCUGUUUCAUACAGAUAUGGUGGAUACUUAGUAGAUAAAGAAAAUCUUCAUUACAGCUUUGUUUUCAGAGUAAUAUCUUCAAUUGUGACCAGUGGCACUGCUUUGGGAAGAGCAUCAUCUUAUACUCCAGAUUAUGCAAAAGCUAAAAUCUCUGCUGCACGGUUCUUUAAACUAGUAGAUCGUGUCCCCAAAAUUAGUUUAUAUAACAAUGAAGGCGAGAAAUGGAAUAAUUUUAAAGGUGGCAUUGAAUUUAUUAACUGCAAGUUUACAUACCCUACCCGUCCUGAUAUCCAAGUGUUGAAUGGACUCAAUGUCUCUGUACAACCAGGACAGACUCUUGCUUUUGUGGGAAGCAGUGGUUGUGGAAAAAGUACAAGUGUGCAGCUUCUGGAAAGGUUUUAUGACCCUGACCAUGGAACAGUUCUAGUGGAUGGACAUAACACCAAGAAUAUUAGUGUCUCCUUUCUCCGAUCAAAAAUUGGAAUUGUGUCUCAAGAGCCAGUAUUGUUUGACUGCAGUAUUGCGGAUAACAUUAAAUAUGGUGAUAAUACCAGAAAUAUCUCAAUGGACCAAAUUAUUGCAGCAGCAAAGAAAGCCCAGCUGCAUGAUUUUGUGAUGGAACUGCCAAAUAAAUAUGACACCAAUGUUGGAGCACAUGGAUCUCAGCUGUCUCGAGGCCAGAAGCAGCGCAUUGCAAUUGCUAGAGCUAUAAUUAGAGACCCUAAAAUCCUGCUGCUUGAUGAGGCAACAUCUGCGUUGGAUACAGAGAGUGAAAAGACUGUUCAAGCUGCGCUGGAUAAAGCAAGAGAAGGCCGUACUUGCAUCGUGAUCGCACAUCGUCUGUCAACAAUUCAGAACUCAGAUAUCAUUGCAGUUAUGUCUCAAGGAUUUGUGAUUGAACAAGGAAACCAUGAACAAUUAAUGGAAAAGAAAGGAGCCUAUUACAAACUUGUGACAACUGGAGCACCAAUUAGUUAACAUCCUAAAGGAAAUAAAAACAAUAAUGUUUAAAAUAUGUUUUUAUUUAACCCUUGUGUUGCAGUUUUCUUUGUCAGACACAGGGUUAAAGCAGUGCAAUAGUAUGCCAGCUGCUAUUACAGCUUAUUUUUUUAUAAGUUGUUAUUCAACUUAUUUAUAUGCAAAUCUGGUUAUCUAUAAUGUUAUGCUGCCAUAUUGCUGAAAACAAUUCCAAAUAAAUGCAAUGCUAAGUAUUACAUAAGCACAUUCCUUCUAACUCCUGGCAAGUUCACACACUGGGAAUGAGAGAAUAAGUGUAGUAUUGAUAUUUAUCUGUAAUUCCUCGGCAAUAAACAAUAUAAUGAACACUGCACAUUGUAUAAAGGUGAAUACAAAUACCUUUGUUCCAAGUUCCAACAGAAGAAAAUAAAAUGUCAAUAAAUGUUUGUCAACAGCA